GACGCGGUGAUUUUCCGAUUGAGGAAACUCCUCGAUACAACAAAAUUUAGCGGGAAAUAGAAAAAUCCAAUCUUCUCUGGACUAAUUAGCCUCCUCUGAGGUUUGUUCGAAUGGAGUACAGGUGUGUGCAGUGUGGGUUUCGGUUCAAAACCCUGUUCGUGCAGUACUCUCCCGGAAACAUUCGACUCAUGAAAUGUGGGAAUUGCGGAGCAGUUGCCGACGAUUACAUUGAAUGUGAAUUCAUGAUACUUUUGAUUGAUUUAAUCUUGCACAAGCCAAAAGCAUAUAGGCAUCUACUUUACAAUGUGCUCAAUCAAGACGCUGCCCAUUUCCAGGGUUUGUUGUGGAAGUCAUUGCUGGGUUUUCUUCUUUUGGAUGCUUACAGAAGCUGGCUUUUAAGAAGAAGAGAUGAAGAAUGGGGGUUGAUGACGAGCAUCUCAUCUUUAGGAUGGACAGUUGGGAAGAUGUCAAUCAAUGUGUUUUUUGGAAACCUCAUGUUUCUUUUUACUUUUCUUAUUGCCAUGAGGAUUCUGCUGAAGACAUCAGGUGUAGUUUCCAGGUUCAGGGACCUUUUGCUGGCAAUUCUCAUUUCAAGUUACUUCAAGAUAUUUCUCGUUGCCAUGAUGGUCUGACUUCAUAAUGCUAACUAACUUGUUGAUUUGCAGUAGUAUUUUUUCCCAUAAUCUGAAUAUUUCCCUUCUUUUCUCUUUCCAUGAUUUGACCCAUUUGAGUCCUGUCUAUGACAUCUAUUAGACUUCAAUACCCACUAUCUAACUUCUGCAUUUUUGUACAGGUCUGGGAAUUUCCAUCUUCAGUGAUUUUCAUCAUUGAUUUAUUUGUUUUAUCAUGUAAUGCAGUGGCAUUAAAAGUGACCACUGAGUCAGCCAUGAACUGCUGUGUGGGGGUCUGCCUCAGUGCACAUGCUGUAAAAUUACUUACCACACAGAAUUUUGAGUUGAGAUAAUUGAUAUUCAAAUAUUUUUAGUUUGAUUUUGUCUUCCUGUAAACCUUAAUUCUUCCUUUUCCUGUCGUACUUCAGCUGCUUUAUCGGUGAUUUUUUUUAAUGUAUGAACUGUUAGCUAAAAAAGAGGUGACCAUCCC